AUGGUUAAAAGCUUUUUAUUAUCGAUUGGGAUUGCAUUUUUAAAUUGUUCGAAAGCGUUUUAUUUUUGUAUUUUUUUAAAAAAACUAAAUAUUGUUUUUAGUAAGGUUGGUAAGUGGUGUAGCUUUAUUGCUAAAGUUUUAAAUAAACCGUUAAUAUAUAUAUUUAUUUACCCCUUUCGAGCUAUAUAG